GCUCUUACUCUGCAUGCUUUGGUGCGGCUACUCCGGAGUGGGGGCACAGAUGCGCCGGCUGCCUUCUUCGUGUUCCUGUCCAACUGCAGAUCGGACACGCUUGCUGCAGCGUUCUACUCCGCGGGCGUGCAGCACAUCGUGUACACGAAUCGAGCUGUCACCGACCACUGCGCCAGCCGCUUUGCCAAGAGUUUUUAUCUGGCCAUGGCCUGCCGGCGCUCUCUGCGAAAUGCCUUCCGCAUCGCCCUGUCGGAGGUCGAAGCCGACCUGGAGGGAGGCGACUCUGGAUUUCGCCUCUUCUCGAACGGCGACGUCCUGCUGCAGGUUCCUGAAGUUGCUCAUGCAGAUCUAGCCCCGAAGGCCUAUGAAAACCUUCCUGGCCCGGUGGAGGAUUUUGUUGGCCGCGAGGAGAUAAUGCUCUCUGUGCUUCAGCACCUCGCGCACCGCAGAGUCGUCGUGCUACACUGCCCCCGCAAGCUGGGGCUCACUGCCACCUUGACGAUGAUCGCACGCUACAUCUCUGCCCCGGGCCGCAAAUUCUCUGGCAGCUGCAUUUUUGGACAGGCACAGCCACUGAAGAAAGGGCUCCUCAUCAUCGAUGAUGCCGAUUCGGCUCUGCUGGAGCAUGCGGAAGUUUUGAAGCAGAACCUGGAAUCCGACAAGUUCUAUCUGCUGGCGGGGUGUGAACUGGGCAACUCUGAGGAACUGUUUAGUGACGUGGUCAAGGCGGUGCAUGUAGAGCUGCCACCGCUAUCUUUGCUGGAGUCCGCCACGCUGUUUUUGCAACGAUGCCACCGGCCCCUCACACUGGAAGAUGUGCUGCACCCCAACUCGACCGAUGAAAGAGUUGUCAAGAAGGAGCCUCUUCCCAAGGAGCGGGCUAAACAACUUUUAAAGCCUAUGGCCUCUGUGUUUGAAGGCGACCCUCGCCUAAUUCGUCAGGCUGCCGGUAAGGUCACUCCGAACCGCCCGCCCUUGCAUGGAGACCUUGAGAGCCUGAAGGCAGAAUGCAUCGGUGCUCUCGAACCGAAAAAGAUUCCCGACCAACCUCGUCAUGUCUGUGCUCAGUGA